AUGCGUCUCCAAUUGACUACCUCUCUGGCUCUCCUGGCCACUGCCUCCACCGUCGUCGCUGACGAUGUCGUCUCGGUCCUCUGGCCCUCCUCCGCCAGCGGCGAGAACUACAACGCCAAGCUGAUUGGAACCACCGGCGGCAGCCUCACCACUCUGGUCAUCAACUGCCCGGCGACAGCCAGCGGCUCCGUGACCAGCGCUCCCGCUGCCACCGCCGCAACCACCAGCGCCGCCGUCGUCAAGCGUGCUACCACCGCCUCCAGCUCUGACGAUGACGAUGACGAUGACUUCAACGACAGCUGCAACAUCCCCGACAGCGGCGAGACCCUGACUGUCGGCAGCAGCACCUGGGCCUUCACUUCCUCCGGUAACCAAUUCUCCGAACAGGCUACCUGCUCCUUCACCGGCACCACUGUCGCUUCUUGCGCCUUCACCUACAACAUUGACACCCAGACUUCCUCCUCCAGCGGUGUUACCACCGCCCAGCUCAACAAGGUCCCCAUCACCAUCACUUCUACUGCCUCUGCCACUGGCACUGCUACCGGUGGUGCCUCCACCGCCUCUGCUACCGGUAAUGCCUCUGGCUCUUCUUCUGCCGCCUCUACCGGCGCUGCUACUACCACCAGUGACAGUGGUGCGUUCGCUACUGGCGCUAGCCAGUGGGUUGCCGGUGGUGCUGCCAUGAUGGUUGCUCUGGCUAUGGCUUAA